UGGAAAUGUACUUAAAGGCCGUUUGAACAACAUUGAUUCGUAGAUAGUAAGUAGCGUUAGCCCUUGGUGUUCAAAGUUCUAUGGGAUUGGAAUUGAAAUCGCAAGAUUUUCUUUCGACUUUCUAUAAAUGCGCGAAGAAGCUUGAGCACUGACUGUUGCUGGUGAAAUCUGGUCAUUCAACGCAAACAGAAACUAAUGUUGGCAGCAAAAAAUGGAGCUCGCAAGGCGAAACGGACAACCAAGACAGGGAAGGCCAAAUCCGAGGCAAAAUAUACCUGGGAACAGGAAAGGUGGUGCUAACGCUCGUUUUAGGGAUAUUCGCCCUUUAAAUCCCACUGCGAUAACAUCAAUCACUUUGCCGGUUGCCGUUCUCAUUGUUCUGGUAAAUAUAGCGGUAAUCUACGUGAUUCUGCGGAAGAAAUCUCUGCGCAGACUUCGGAACAUGCCUCUGGUAAGUCUUGCGUUUGCUGAUCUUACUGUGGGUAUCCUCCUUGGACCGCUUUUUGCUGCUACACAAUUGUCGACAGACAGAACACAACUGUGCUCCAUCUAUUUUGUUGCUGAGGUAUUUUGCUUUACAGCUUCGUUAAUGAACAUGCUUGUUGUCUCUAUUGAGCGUUGGAUUGCCAUUUUCCAGCCCCUGCGUUACACUAGAUACGUUACACCCCUUCUUGUUUGGGGCAUGAUCACAGCUGCCUGGCUCCUGUCACUAACUAUCGCGACUUCGCAGUCCUGGAUUCGCCGCCCAGUAAACAGUCGUUUUUGCGUAUAUUCCUGGCGUAGACUGGCUAGUUUUCCAUUUGUCUUCUCCAGCAUGUUUUUCUUGUUUUCGUUCUUAACGGGAUUCAUGCAGAUCAGGAUAUAUUUAAUUGUACGAUCGCAUCGCAAACGCAUUGCGCCGCGCUUGUCAAGUGAUAUCUACCAAGACGCAGAAAUAACGGUAGGACAAAGUUCCUCACCAGUGCAGGCUUCUUGCUACGUUGCAAAAGCUGUAGUCCAGGAAAAUCCGACCACUCGAGAAAUCAACGCUUUAGAAAUUUCGUUAACACAGGAAUCUCGCCAUGCUGGACGACGACGAUCCAGAGUUACGCACGUGCUUUUCGCGAAGGAACGUACGCUAGAAGGGGACACACCAACAAGGUCCUGGAGAUCCGAAAGCGGAGAUAUAGCCGUAAGCGGGGGUACAGAAACUCCUACACUCGUUACCAUAAACCUCGAAGAAAUUCCCAGGGGACAGAAAAUCGUCAAGACUUUGGAUGAAACGUCGCACGAACCCAUCUGUAUUGUUUCUCACGGCUCAGAUACACCCGGCUUCCGUAGGCUGGCACAAACGCGAGCCAGUCUAUUGCAAUUGAAGCUAGAGAAAAAAACGAUGAAAUUGGUUAGUUUGCUUUACUUAUUGUUCAUUGUAAUGUGGAGCCCUUACAUCAUAACGAUGCUGGUGCAAGUCACGCGUCCGUGUGACAGCCGCUGUCUUAUAGCAGUAGUAAUAACAAAAACGAUAAUGUUUUUUAAUUCUUUAGUUAACCCAUUUGUUUUUACAAUUAGAAUGAAAGAAUUCAGAGUAGCAUUUAAAGGUAUGAUAUGCAGGGACAGGCCUAAGAACGUCAGGAACAGGCCACAAGUAGCGAAUCUUUAUCAGUAAAGUAGAAAUCUUAGUAUUUAGCAUAAUAGUUUUCGAUUAAUUAGUUCAAGAAGAAGUUUCCAAAAACAACUGUUUGUAACGGAUAACUGACAACAGUGCAGGAGACUUUUGUGAACAUCGUUACUUCAUAGGGCCCACGCCACCGAGGGGACCUGGGGGCAAUGCCCCCAACUCUUUUUCGAAAUAAGUAAUUUCAAAACUGCAAUAAAAGGUAAAAGAGACCUUGCCCCCAACUGUCGUUAGCUUUGCCUCCCCCACCCACUAUCAAACUUUUGGCGUGGACCCUGUUCCAGUUAUGGUUCGCAUCAAUAUUGCCAUUCGUUUUUUGGAUGAUAAAAAGUAGCAUAAAUCCUAAGUUCUUGCAAUUUGCAUGGCAAGUUUGGUUUGCUCUUUGCUGAUUUCAUGUGGUGCCACGAGAGACGCGAUCCCUACACAUUUCGAGUUGCAAACUAACUGCACUUUCCAUUAUGUGAAGGAAAAUUCAAUCUCUUAAAAUAUCUCUAUUAAUCUCAAAACGACCUCUCAUUUUUCAUAGUAUGUUCAUGCUGAUUGAUAUACUAUCGAUUCCAGUUUGGUUGGGUACUAGCCUCCAUUAUAUUUAGAACUAUAACUAAUUACUGCGAUAUAGGUUAAACGCCUGUCACAGAUCUGAGAGAGUUUUUGCAGUUUUUUUAACUGCUUUAAGACAGUUUUAAUCGAUGUUGUUUUAACAGCAUAGUUUAGAAAAGGAUGUACCGGAUUAAUAACAAUAAUAUCUUCCAGCUAGUGGUAGUAUGAUGGUGUUAUAAAAUAAAUUUUCAGAUCUUUUAAGUUUAGUAUUGUAUCUGACAUAACAUUUUUGAAAGACCCUUGCGUGAAAAACAGCUUUAUUUAUCAAUAAUUGUAUGAGAUGCAGUCCCAAGCACACAGACUAUAUAUCAAAUCAUCGUAAAUAAGUCAUGGUUCUGACAUUUGUGAUCAAGCCAAAAGAAACAAGUAUAUUAUUCAACUGGUCAUAUAAGUCAUAUUUGCAAAAGAUGAAGCUUAUUUUGCACUGAUAGCAGUAUUCUGCGAUAUGGGUUCCGAUUUAUAGGGCCAAAGUCAAAGGUGCGAAAAUGGAAUUUUGUGAUGUUAUCAAAUACACUCAUUUUUGUUAUAAAAAAAUGGCUGUAAGAAACGAGUAGUGGACAGUCAGAAAAAUUAAAGAAACUUCAGUACUCGAAGCGAAAAAAUUAAUAAACUAUUAAAUCGUGAUAAAACCGAAAUUUUGUAAAAUCCAAGAACGAGAUUGCCCUGUUGGCCUAGAAUUUAAGACACAACGGAUAAAAAUAUACUUCCCACAUCUAAAUACAGAUCGAAACGGAAGCGAAUCUCUUGACGUGAUAAAAAAGGUCACGAACAUUUCAUAACAUCAUUCAUGACAUCAUAAUUAAGAAACUCGUAAGAAACAAAGAGUAUUGAAAUUUCCAGAACAUUAGGAAACUGGAGUACUCAAUAUCGACCUUUGUUUCUUAUAAAAAAAUGAGUGUAGCUACUCUGAAGGUUCGGGUAUCGAGCACAACGGCAUUGGUUAGAAAUUAGUUAUGGGUUGAUCGCAAGAUAAAGGGAAUUCUUUUUCCUAUGAGCAAGUCCUUUCUCCUAUGUUUUCUUAUGAAAAAUGCGGCGUCAUCGCUGAUUGUAAAUCGUGUUGCUUAUCUUAGCUUGUUGCAAAGAAUUCGCAAAACUAGGAGGUCACUGUUUUUAAAUAUAGCACUCGUGACGCCAUUGAAAGCGAUCAACGUAAACAACACUAUGCGAAAUAGCAAAUGGUAUUGUAAAAUUGCAAAAAGAAUUUACAAAUUCCUAUUCAAGUUAAUCUUACGUCUCUUUUAUUGUAAAUAGUCUUUCAUGUUGAAUCGGGAGUUGUAUGUAAAGAGGCAACUAUUAAUUAUUUGUAAAUAUACUGGAUAACUAUGGAGUUGGUGAUGAUGUAAAUUAUAAUGAAUACAGGGGGUCAUGCAAUAUGUCCACUUUACCAAAUCCUUACUUCUUAAAAUCUUCUUACCUGGGAAACUACUUUACUUUUGAUUCCAGACAAAGCCAUACCUCAUCGAAAUACACUCUUUUCUUUUUAUAAGAACAAUUUGUUAGAACACGAGCCUCAAAAUUGGUCAAGAGACAAGAGCAAUAUAAGGCUAAGUUGAGGCCAAGCUUCUUUAAAAUGCAAUUUUGAACAACGUUUUAUCUCGAAAACGUGGAUUUUAGCCAUGUGUGGGCUUAGUUUUUCGGUGAAUAUUCAAGUUUGUCAGCUAAGGCUGUCUCACGAACUUUGUUAGUAAAUGAGGCCUGAACACCUCCCUAGAGCAAAAAAGCUAGCAAUUACACUGCUUACACUCUAUUAAUCUAAGAACAAAUUGAGAACAAUCCGGCCUCAGAUUUUCGAAAAAAUUAAGAACAGUCAGCCUGAACCAAAAUUUACCAGUUCUUGUAAAAAAAUGGUAUACCAAUUUGGCUGUACAGUUUGGCUGCGAUCGAUGCCAGACACAAUAUCAGCACCGAAAAGCCACUGAACGUCUGUCUAUUCGAAUGCUUGGGCAAAUUUUUCAAAGGACGCUUGAAAUACCCAGAGAAAACGGAAAGAAUAAUUUAGUUGAGAAAAAUCGAACGAUUCAUUUAAAAUCAUACCAUAUCGUAAACGUCACUUUGAACCACGUCGGAAAUGAUUCUAACAAAAGACACACUGGGUGGCCUAAUUCAAUGGCAUUCUCCUUGGCAGUAAUCUCCUUUACGGGAUAUCUUCUUUAAAACGACUGUACAAUGAAAUUCAAGGCUAAAUAUUAAAAAUUCGUUUUCCAAUCUAUCUAUAAAACAGGGAACCCCGGUCAAGGAAUCGAGGAACGGAGAAUCUCCAAGAGGGGGAAUAUAUAAAAGGGGAAUACCACAGUAAAACCCGCGUUUAAGAACCUACUUUUUCAGAGUUUUGCAAAAUAUGUUCUUGUAUUUGAUGACAGUUCAGGCUAAACAGGUUCUUAAUUAGGUUCUUAAUUUCUACAGUGUAAAUAUUGUUAUUUUAUUAUCAGGAAAUAGCAUUAAAUCUUGUCUGUUCUUCAUUCUAAAUAUUAUUAGCGUACAAAUGUUGCCAAAAGUCCACCAUACAUUCUAUAAACAGUAGCAAUAACUUUUUACAAUAACAGUUCAAAUUUAACUUACAUUUUGCAUUUUGAGUUUUAUUUUAAUAAUUCAAUUUUCUGUCACCCUUUUGGUUUUUGGUAAAAAGUGUAUAAAUUAAAUGGUCUAACUCCACAUAUAAGAACCUGUUAGGAGUUGUUUUGGCUAAACAGGUUCUUACAUUUUGGAGUAUUAAAAAGCAAAUUUUCAUAGUUGGAAUCUCUAAAA